AUGCCACGUAAGCUACGUAAGAAUAUACGUAAGAGGAAGGGAGCAUUGAAACAUCCAAUAGUAAAACUGACACCACAACAACAGUUGCAACAACAAAUGCUGAAUGACCCCACUAUGUUGCAACAAAUGUCAAGCAAUCCUAUGCUUUUAAACCGAGUUUUUGGUGCACAGAGUGGAGGUUUAAGAGCGGCACUUUUAGCGAAAAUGGCAGGCUAUGGUGGAGCUGCAGACGGAACAGCCUAUAACCCUCAAAGUCAAAUGAAUUUGAGUUCACUCAAAAAUCAAAUAUCAGAUGUCAAAAAGUCAAACAUAGACAUACAGAAGCAAAUAAGUGAAAACGAAAAGAAACUAGAAUAUGACAGACACACAAAGAAACUCAAUGAGUUAAACGUAGAGAAAAAGAAGAAAGAAGAACAACUGAAAGAACUAAGUACAGAGGAAUAUGCGAAAAAAGUGUCAGAAAAAGCAGCAGAAGUAGCAAAAAUGGAACAAGAUGUUGUAAAUUUGAAAAACCAUACUACUCAAUAUAAAGUACUGAAAGAUGAAGAGAUAAAACAAAAAGCCCUGAGGACAUAUAUGGAUAGCGAUGAGUAUAAAAAAGAAGUUGAAGCAAAUGUAAAGGCAGAAAAACUUUUACAGUUGCAAAACCAAACCGUACAGUAUGAAAACUUAGCACAAGAAAGUAAAAAUAACGACGCAGCCAUGCAAAAGGCAAUGAAAAGCGCAGAAUAUAUAAAAGCUAACAAUGACUGGUUAGAUGCCCAAGCCAACGCUAAAGCAGCCCAGCUUAUAGG